AAAUAAUCACAAUUGUAAUCGUUUCAGCGCCAUCAUUAUUAUUCAUUAAUCAUUUCAAAGAACCUGUUAUCACCUGUUGGGGACAUUGACAUAUUUAUUGGAAACUAAUAAUAUUGUAUAAUUAGACAUCAACACUAAUUUGAUCAAAUUAAGAUGGCAGCAGGUCCAGAUAGAUGGCAAAAGGAUGCAGCUGAUCAGAACUUUGAUUACAUGUUCAAAAUCUUAAUAAUAGGCAAUAGCAGUGUUGGAAAAACUUCUUUUUUGUUUAGAUAUGCAGAAGAUUCUUUUACUUCAGCAUUUGUGAGUACUGUGGGAAUCGAUUUUAAAGUGAAGACAGUCUUUAGACAAGAUAAAAGAGUAAAACUUCAAAUUUGGGAUACUGCUGGACAGGAACGAUAUAGAACUAUUACAACUGCUUACUAUCGUGGUGCCAUGGGUUUUAUUCUUAUGUAUGAUGUGACAAAUGAGGAAUCUUUUAACAGCGUUCAUGACUGGGUCACCCAAAUAAAGACAUAUUCUUGGGAUAAUGCUCAAGUAGUGCUAGUUGGUAACAAAUGUGACAUGGAGGAUGAGCGAGUAGUAUCCACUGAGCGAGGAAAGCAACUUUCUGAUCAACUAGGGUUAGAAUUUUUUGAGACAUCUGCCAAAGAAAAUCUGAAUGUGAAGUCAGUUUUUGAGAGAUUGGUGGACAUUAUCUGUGACAAGAUGUCAGAGAGUCUUGAUUCUGAUCCCAGCUUGGUCAGUGCCUCUAAGGGCACUAGACUGAAUGAACAUACAACUCCCUCUAACGCCAACUGUCAGUGCUAACCUUUUUUUUUUAAUGAGUGUUAACUUAUUUCCAUCAACCUGUUGCUCUGAAAAGCUGACUGCUGUGGUCCAGAUAAUAUACAUCUCCUCUGCUUUGGUAUAAAUUUAAGCUUUAAUUCAUGUUGAGAAUGGUAAACUAAAAAUACUGAAAAUUAUGCAGAUCUUCAUUAUAUUUUGCCUUCUCUUCAAUCUAUAACUCUAGUAUAAAUAAUCAAAUAUUUGUGUGUACAAAUAAAGUGUAAUUUCAAAAUCAAGAAUGACUGUGGAAAUGUGUGAUAGGUACUAGACUAACUAGAUUUAUACGAGUCAUAACCUUAUACUUUAAAAAAAAAAAAAUUAUUUUAUGGUAGUUUAAA